GAGAAACAAAAAAACUAUAGUUUUCUGCGGGUAAUAGAGAAAAGAUUGUUAUCAUUUUGUUAAUCAUGAGAUCUGCUACUUUUUUUUUUUUUUUUUUUUUUUUUUUUUUUUGAACAAUGAGAUCUGCUACUUGGUUUAUAGUUUUCUGUGUUCUCAUCUUUCACGUUCUGAGCAAUGGUAAAGAAGUGGAAGCAAAGGAACUGUGUACAAGAAUAGAAGAUAUCGAAGGAGACUGCAGCUUUCAGGGAGAGAAGGAGUGCAUGAAGUUCAUGACGAAUAAAUAUAAGACAAGAUAUGUUAGUUGCACAUGUAACAAAAUCUUCAUGUUAAAGAAGACCAAACGUUUUUGCGAAUGUAAAAGUCGCUGUGAAAAUUAAACUAAUCACUCCAUAAAUUUUAUCUCUUUACUUUAUGCGAGUUUGUAGUGUUGAGAUGACACAAACACACAAAUAAUUUAUGUUAGGCUAUUGCUUCUUCAAACAAUUUUUGAUAAAGUUGUCAGUUAAUAAUAUAUAUCAUAAGCA